AUUUAAAUACCUAUAAUCUAUAUAGUAUGUAGUAUAAUAUAUGCAGGCAGGUAUGUACAAGGACAAAAAUUGAAGCAUGGAGUGAAACUCUGUACCUAUAUAUAAGGUUGUAUAGAAUGCGAUAUGUAUUGAUAUUUAAUAGAUACUCAUCGUUUAUAGUCAUUUUAUUACGUUCAAGAUGAUAUCGUUAUUGGUUUUAAUCACAGUGUGCUUUGUGUUGUCGUCAGCAGAUUCUCCAGUAAACUGGACCGUGGACGAAAAUACAGUACCAGAAUCGUUACCCGAUUUGAUGCGCAACAAAUAUUAUAGAAAUGAAGAAAUUCAAAACGCCGUGUUUUGGGCGUAUAAAAUUCAGUAUGAUGUUAUUUCAGAACAUAAUGGUCGCGUAUACGAUGCAGAAACACCAUUAGGAUAUUUCAACGAUGCCUUGAUUUUACCUAAGACCAGAGCAUCAUUAAUAAAUUCCAACAUCGUAUUCGAAAAUAAUACCAUCAGUGGCUUAUUGGAUUUUAAAAGCAAUAAUAUCGUCAUACGAUGGUCACAAGACCUGGUAUCUACAGAGAUAACUUGGAAAGAGCUACAAAUUGUUGGCAGAUAUGUAUUUGUAGACGAGUGGAGAUACGUAACUGGCGAAUAUAAAAUGUUCGUAGAAAACGUUAUGUAUCAGAUCGACACGCCGUUAUCCAAAAACAUAGAAUUGUAUCCUUCGUCGGCGCCAAAUUCAGUCAUAUCUUAUAGUAAAUUUAGAACUACUUUUACUGGACACUAUGCAAUUUCAGACGGAUUUUCGGCUACACGGUAUUUCUUGGAAGAAGUGGCAUUUGCACACGUCGCGGACUACGUUUUGGAAAUGACACGGCAGAACGUGACGUCGGCCAUCAGAGCGGCAGUCCAGCCGUAUGUACAGUACAGGAACCGGUCAGACCCACACUUCCCGGCCUCCGCCGGACGGCUGGACAAUGGACGGUUCUUCGCAGUCAGCGACCCGUUCGUCGACGGCCUGGAUACCGCGUUGCAAAAGGUGAACUCUGUGUGGACUGAACCGAACACGGGCGUGUUAAUGGUCGCCGUCGAGCAUACGUUGCACAACCUUAACGGUACGUUUAAUCUGCACGUCGUCUCAGAGCUAGCCGAACUGCAGCAGCCCGGCCACGUAAUCGAUUUUGUCAUGGACCGGGUCAGACUGAGCAUCGCGUACGAUGUACUAAGGCCCAACUGCCUUUGUUCGGCCAUCGUGAAAGUGUACAAGAUAACCACGUGGUCACGUGACAGUCAAGAGGACACGGGGCAUCUGCCACAAGUGGCCGCCGCUUUCGCCAACACGGUCGAAGAUCAUUUGUCCAUCGGCACGUGCGCAGCCAUCGCAAAAACCAACAAGUACGGUACCAAUCCAUGCCAAUGAAGUUGGCCACAAUUAAUAAAUGACUCAAAAUGUGUUUUAAUUAUUCUAUACUUUUUUUUAAUAUCUUUCGGUUUUUUUUUACUCGAGUGUUAUAAGAAAAACAAUGUUUAGCCGUUUAGGUAAUAAAAAGAUUACACCUAAAGAUGUAAUAUUAUGACGUGAUGAUUGAACCUAAAGUAAGAUAACUAUUUAUAUCAUUCGAGUAUUAAAUAAUUUAUAAAUAAAAUUAACGUGCAUUAGGUGUGUAAUAAUUUGAGUUGUAUUAAUAUUAUUUAAAUAUUAUUUUUUUAGAUUUUGAGCGGAACGAUGAAUGUAUUGAUUUAACAAUGUUUUUUUUAUGUAUACACAAAAAACAGAUGGUCUUCGUUCAGAAUCGUUUUUCGUAUGCAAUGAUUUAUCUUUUAAUUAAAAUUUAACACAUCCAUUACAGUGACUUACUCGACAUCUACUGUACAGCACUUGUCCGUCUUUUUUACAACAAUUAUCAUUGUUAAAAAAGUUCAAUCAGUUUCCUAUUUUUGAAUACCUCACUGAACCACUUAGUUGAUUUGUAUAUACGAUCUUAAAAGUCGAUUUUAUAAAUUCCAUAUUUUAACCUAAAUAUCUAACGAAAUAAAAGUUUUUAUUACGGUGAUUAAUGAUGAUUACGUAUAAAUAAAUAAAAUAUAAUAUGCAUUAGUGAUUAAAUGUAAUUUAAUGUCGAUAAAAAAAUGUUUGAAAUGUAAUACAAGGUUCUUAAGUGGUUGUUAAUGCUUAAAACGAGUCAAAAAAUGUUAUUUAUUUUUAUAUUUUAUUAAAUAUAAAAAAUACUUAUAUAAAUAUUCAGUGAAAAUUGCAUGUAUUUACGGUAAUUUGUUUUAGAGUUACACCAAUAACCAAAAUUGAUUUUGUUGAAAACGGAAUUUGCGUGAAAAUGCCCGUUUUUUCUUAAUUUUUUUUGUUUUUCCCGGCACUUAUAAAAACAACUUUGAAGUUUAAAUUUUGACCUCCCGAAUGCACCAACUAGAUUCACUUUCCCAUCGAACAAGAUACUGUUGAAGGGAAUCUAAGCAUUUUUACUGUCCCAAAAGGUUAUAACAUCCAUAAAAAAACACAUCAUUAUAAAAUCAAUACAAAA